CGGCCGGCCGCGGCCCCGGAGCUGCUGCUGCUGCUGCUGCGGCGGCUGCACCCGCGGCGCCGAGGCCGAGGCGGAGACCAGGGUGCGCGCUUGGCGAACGUGCCGGAUCCACGCGGCUCCGCUGCACCGGCCCCUGCGGCCGCCCGGGCGUCUCGGCUGGUCUCUGCGCUGCCCCGGCGAGGAUGCGGCUGUUCCAGUGGCUGCUGAAGCAGCCGGUGCCCAAGCAGAUUGAGCGCUACUCGCGCUUCUCGCCAUCACCGCUCUCCAUCAAGCAGUUCCUGGACUUCGGGAGAGAUAAUGCGUGUGAAAAAACUUCGUAUAUGUUCCUACGGAAGGAGCUUCCUGUGCGACUGGCUAACACAAUGAGAGAGGUUAAUCUUCUGCCAGAUAAUUUGCUUAACCGCCCUGCGGUGGGAUUGGUUCAGAGUUGGUACAUGCAGAGUUUUCUUGAACUUCUAGAAUAUGAAAAUAAGAGCCCUGAGGAUCCCCAGGUCUUGGAUAACUUUCUACAAGUUCUGAUUAAAGUCAGAAAUAGACACAAUGAUGUGGUUCCUACAAUGGCACAAGGAGUGAUUGAAUACAAGGAGAAGUUUGGGUUUGAUCCGUUCAUUAGCAGUAACAUCCAGUAUUUUCUGGAUCGGUUUUAUACCAACCGCAUCUCUUUCCGCAUGCUUAUUAACCAGCAUACGCUUCUGUUUGGUGGUGACACUAACCCUGCGCAUCCUAAACAUAUUGGAAGUAUUGAUCCCACCUGCAAUGUGGCUGAUGUUGUGAAAGAUGCGUAUGAAACUGCCAAGAUGCUGUGUGAACAGUAUUACCUGGUUGCUCCAGAGCUGGAAGUUGAAGAAUUCAAUGCCAAAGCUCCAGACAAACCUAUUCAGGUAGUUUAUGUGCCCUCACAUCUGUUUCACAUGCUAUUUGAGUUGUUCAAGAACUCAAUGAGAGCAACAGUCGAACUGUAUGAAGAUAAGAAAGAGGGCUACCCAUCUGUUAAAACCCUUGUUACUCUGGGUAAAGAAGACUUAUCCAUUAAGAUAAGUGACCUAGGUGGUGGGGUCCCGCUACGAAAAAUAGAUCGUCUUUUUAACUACAUGUAUUCAACUGCUCCAAGACCUAGCCUGGAGCCCACAAGAGCUGCCCCUCUGGCUGGAUUUGGUUAUGGUUUGCCAAUUUCUCGUCUGUAUGCUAGAUAUUUUCAAGGAGAUCUAAAACUCUAUUCCAUGGAAGGAGUGGGCACUGACGCUGUCAUUUAUUUGAAGGCUCUUUCAAGUGAAUCAUUUGAGAGACUUCCAGUUUUUAAUAAGUCAGCAUGGCGCCAUUACAAGACCACACCUGAAGCCGACGAUUGGAGCAAUCCCAGCAGUGAACCCAGGGAUGCCUCCAAAUACAAGGCGAAGCAGGACAAAAUCAAGACUAACAGAACUUUGUAAAGAACCGGAUGCUUCAGUCCUCUCUGUGAAGAAGAGAUUGUCUUCUGCAAGUCAACCAGAAAGAACUUUCCUCCACCAACUCUGAGUGUGACACCAUACUUAAUCCAGUGCUUGAAUGUGUAUUUUCUCCGUAUGAGCUGGACCUUUUCCACAGAUGUUUCCUGUAGCAACUGCAGAUCUUCCACUAAAGUAGUAACCUGAGUCAUUUUUUGUAGUGUGAUGCCCUGCUCUGGUGGGCGCCUGUCGUGGGCAGGCGCAGAGCCCGCCAGCGCGCUCGCGUCCUCAGACCUCUCUCCUCAUUACCAGGGAGUUGAGUGUCUGCGGUCUCCCCAGAUUCCUAAGCUCCCGCACCCCAUUCCAGGUACAGCAGGUCUCUGCUGUUGCUCUUUGUGACCAAAUACCAUGUUUGUCCCAAACCACCAACUAAGGCCUGGGAGUCUGCACGUUGGAGACAGCAGCUGAGCGUGUCUUGAUAAUCGGGUCCCAGGGCCCUUCCUCUCUCUUGCGCAUCCCUCCUUGCUCUCUGAUUUAGACUUUGGCCUUCUUCCAUCCGAUCGGAUUCUCAUUGUGAGGCGCGGGUACUUUUGUGUUAGAUCUUCCUCUUGGAUGCAUUGAUUUCAUUUUGAAAUUCAUUUGUAUACUUCCAUUCUAUUGAUUAAAGCGUUCCAAAAGUUGUCUUGGAAUUUUACACUUAACUGCUUGGUUUCAAAGAUCUUAAGUGAAAAACUACCUUCUGGUCAUUAUCAAGUUUGCAAAGAGGGGGAAGUGGCAUGUUUAUCCUUAUGUAAAAAUUUUUACCACCAAAUACUGUCCCUUUGUCAUACUGUACUCCUUUGCAGUUUUCUAAGCCCCUGUGUGAUGCACUUUACUAGUUGUCAAAUAGACUGUUGAAGAGAAAAGUUCUUUCUGGUUUAUUUUGAAAAAUACCCUAGGGCUUCAUAAUUCACAUUUUCAUGAAUUUUAGCCAGUCUUAGAAUUGUCAAGCUGAUUUUCACCAUCCUUUACUUUUUGCUGAAAGAUGGAAUUGGCAGAGGACUUGGGGUAAGGAAGGAGGGCCUGUGUUAUAUUUACUCUGAGAAAUGGAAGCUAUUGGAGAGUCCGGAUGGAAAUCCACAACCUGUAGAGCUACGCAGGAUGCAUUUAUCUUCUCUGUAUUUUUUCAUAUAUAUCAUCUACUUUGACUUCUGCCCUUUUUUAACAUCCAUAUAAAUGUUUCCAUCCAGUGUUUAAGUAUUGAGCCCACUGAUUGAGAAGCUGUAACUUGUACAGUGGUCCUCUUCCUUCAGUCCUACGACAGUACCAAUGCACUUGUCCCCGCUGCCAUCACAGUGGGGCUUUUCCCCCAGAUGGAGCUGGGCUCUGACCAGCUGCGCUUGGGUAGGUGACAGCUCUGUUGCUCUUAGUUCCACUGAAUCUGAUAUUGUUUCAUUUUAUGACGUUACCUGAGCUCAUGGUCCUUCCUUCAUCUUUAGAAAGAUCUCAUCUCUUCCAUCCUCAGAAGGCUCUCAUGAGGGAACUCAUAUUUAUUAGUUGGGUAAGAAAAAGACCAACAUGCUUCCAAGAUACGGGGGAGGAGCUGGUCCCCAUGGAGGCCCGUUUUUUGAGGACUGAGUCAGUGUCUUGGGAGUGGGGCUGAUUCCUCUGAUGAUUUCCUUGUGGUGUAAAGAUGUAAAAAUGACAGCCCUUUGUGUUUAAAGAGCCCGGCUUUCUUAUAAAUGUCAGAUCGCCUAUCAGUAUCUGACUUGGCCUCCAUUUCCAACCAUAGCCCUCUACACUUUAAAGUACAACACACUGGAGGGGGCGGAGGCAGCAGCUUCAGGAGCGCUCCCUCCUGCCUUGUUCUGGCAGCGUUUUAGUGUGCGCCUGCGGAGUGCCCCGUGAUCAUGAUGCGCUCACAGCAGGCUCCCUGUAAAGGCUGAAGCUGGCAAAGCUGAUAGGGAAAAUCCUAGCACGUUCCUCCCUUUCCAGAUCUUUUUCAAAAGUAAAGAUUUCUUUCAAUGUUUUAAUGAUUGACUUGGUAGCUCUUUACUGACACACUUUCUAGAUUAUUCAUAUCCAUCUGACCCCAGUACAAUCUUGCCUCUCCUGUCUUUGCUUUCUGCAUUAAGAAUUUAACUUUGCUUCCGAAGAAACCAUAAGAAGAAUUUCAGCAACAGUCUGUGUUCCCAGUUUGGCUGCCCCAGGUAUUCAUUUAUGCUUCUUUUUUGACUGUAUGUGACUCUUCUGGACUUAGGUGUAACCGUCUGGCUAUUUGCUGGGUUUUGUCUCUAAGCAGACAGUCACAUUUCUACAUAUCAGUUGAAAUAUAAAUAGCCAUUAACUGUUUUUCAGCUAAAUUUGUUUAGUUCUCCCAAUUCUUCUGUGUUUUCCUCUCAUUUACUUGAUUUUAUUUUAAGUAUUUGGGGAUGGCAUCUACUCUUUGAAGUAGUACCUGGCACAUAGUAGGUGCCUAAUAAGUAUUAACUGAAUCAAUGAAUGGAAAUUGACAGAUGUUUACCUUGGGUGGUGGGCAACACCUUUCUAAAUUCUUAAACUAUCUUUCCAAAUUAAAAAUAACUCAGGUCAGGAGCUGUGGAAAUACUGCAUUUCCUUUUUAUCGUGGUAAGAGGUGACUUGCACAUGGAGAGAAACGAAAGAAAGGCAGUAGUGAUGGUUCCACAGGAGCCAUCUGACCCUUUCUUUGUCUCUGAAUAUCUGAUUUGGACUCCUUAAUAUAGUAGGUUCUUUCCAUCCAAUCAGGUGACGUGAUUUUAUACCCUUGCUUAUAGAUUCCAAAGAACUUUCACACGCAGCAUCCUAUUUGAGCCUUAGGAUGCCAAGAAGUGGACCAUGCAGUUUUCUGUUUUUCAUUUGAGUUCCAAAGCAGUUCAGUCGUUUGCCAAGGUGGCAUGGAGGAACCAAAGUGAGUAAUUGGGUCGUCUUGUUCUUCAGCCCGAGCUCUCAACAGUGAACCAGGUAAUUAGCAUUAUCUCUUUUGAGGAAUUUCUUGGUUAUGUUAACCCUCAAGGGUAAGAUACAAACCAAAUUUUGUCUAUAGUGUCAGAGAAUUCCAUUCAGGAGAGGUUGCCUUCUGUGUGUUUUCAUUUUGGCAUAGUUAGUUAGAGGAGAUAAUCAAAUAGAUUUGGUGGCUUUUACCUAGAAAGAUAGGCAGCUUUAUAAAAUGUCUGACUGUAGAUAAUUACUAGAGUUAUUGAGACUUAAUUCUAUGUUUGAAUGAACUCACAGCUCACUGCCAGCUCCCUCAUACAAAGACUCCAUAUUUGAGAGUCAAUGCUUUUAUCUUUUGGUGGACUGGAUUACAGUUUCAGUUGGAUUUUCUCACAUAGUUGCAAAUGUUUUUCUACUGCUGUCCCUUAUGAACAGUAACUUGGCUGGCGAUCAGAUUCUGAGGGUACAUCUUUUUUCCCUCAGUUCUUUGGUGACAUCACUCUACUAUCUUCUAGCAUCUGUUGGUACUGAGAGGGCUCAGUCCAACCAGAUUUUUCCUCCCUUUUUGUAGGUGACCUUCCUGUUUGCCCUGAGUGCUUGUGAUUUCCUGGUUAUCCUUGAAAUGCACUAACUUCAUUCAACUAUAUCUCAGAGCUGACAGUUACCUGUCGGCUUUUUCAGGUACACAAGGAGCAUCCAACAUUGACAUCGGCACCUUACCACAUUUCUUACUGGUUUAUUGGUUCUCUAGUUUAACAGUUUGCCCCUCUAUUGGCUGUCUGUCCUCUGUCCUUCACAUUCAUCUAGCCUUUGACCGCAUUGGUCUCCUGGUCCUCCUUCCCACUGUGUGAUUUGCUCCUCAGAUCUUACCCUUCCAUUGUGCUGACACUGUUUGCUGUAGUGUGCAGUGUGGCUUUCACUUCUGUUACAGUUUUAUUUUUUCUCUUUCUGUCCUUAGCUCCGCCAGCUUUUCCUCUCAUUGCGUUGUCCUCUUUGACUCAUUGCGUUUCCUGGAAGGCUGAACUGUUGCCUACCAUUUUCGUGGUCUCUGAAAUCAUCCUGUUUCCAGGGUGUGUAUAUCUGUCUUUUGCUUCUUUCACCCCUUUCUUUCCGUGUUGUUUUGUUCUUUUAUUGUUGCACAAGCAUCGCAAUGGCUUUUUCGGCUUAUUGUCUGGUCUUUGCAUGGGACCAGUUCUAUCUACCAAGAAGGGUGUGGAUAAAUCCUCCUUGAUGCCUCCUCUUUCAAGUGGUAAGUGUUUGAUCACCUGAGCCCUUGAACCAUAAGGCUGGAUAUCGAUAGGUUAUAAUGGCAGAGGCUCUUUUUCAUUCUGUUCUCUGGACCUGGCUGAAGGAGUGAAGCAAAGCCUCCUCCGAGUGCCUUCUGUGGACACUGUUGAUUCCUCUGCCCUGGGGUCCCACUGAGGGAGAGGGACGUCCCUUGAGUUUCCCCACGUCCAUUAGAGGUCUCCCUAGCAGGCGUGUGGUGAGUUUGUCCUUCUGCUCUGCUGGAUUCUAUGUAGUCUGUGUGUUUGGCUCCGAGUGACUUUUGCUCUCCUCUGCGCAAAAAGGGACCACCUGAGAUGCCAACCUUUCCUCCUAGGUUUUGCUUCUGGAAAUGUGACCACGCAGUGUACCCUCAGCUCAUCCUGACUGCCGCUGGGCUUUGUUUCUCCAAAUUAAGACAUAAUUGGUAGCAUCCUUUGGAACCGUCUCCACCACAGCUGCCCAGCAACUGUGGCCCACUAGACACCUGCGAAUCCUCUUUUCAUUAGUCCUCCACUUGGUUGUCAGACACUCCCCUGGAGUCCUCACUAUGGGGUGGUGGCUUUUAUUAGUUUCAUCGUAGGCAGCUUCUUUUUCAGCUUGUGGAUGUGUGUGUUGAAGGGCAGGAGCACUUGUAUAAACAUGCACUCAUUCUGCCAUCUUCCCCGCAGUCCAGGUGCUUAAACAUUGACUUUGAAGAUAAUGUCCUUCCUAAUCAGCAGCUAUGUGCUCGUAAAUAGAUGAAACCAAUAUCACUUGCAGGAAAGAACCGUUAAUAACUUAAUACAGGAUUUUUGUUUAUUGUUCUCCUUGGAAAGAUAACUUUUAACUUGAGAUCCUGUUCCAUUGAUUAGAGAAAUCUGGACCUUCUGGUUUGAAAAUGGAAGAUGUGACAUUUUAAUGAACUUAAGAAGUUACCAGGCACCGACAAUGAUUUAUUAGUUAAUUAAAUAUGAUGGGAUAUUUCAAGCUAGCACAUAAUCAGAGUUAUCAAGAGAAGUAUGAAUUAUUUUGUGUUAACAGGUUUCUAGUUGAGCUGCCCCCCCCUGAGGGUGGUAACCCUGUGAGAGCUGUUCUGGGACACAGGUUUUCUUACCGGUCUUUUCAGUCAACCCAUUUUCAAAUUUGGUUCAUCAAAAAAUAGAAAGGCGUUAAGUCCUCAUCAGGAUUCUGUUUGAUAUUCAUGAAUACACACUGAGAUGGUUUCUGGGUCUGGGACUGACUAUAGAAGCGAACACAUCGUAGUUUCAUUUACAGGGGAUCACAGCUUAGGGGUUUUAUUUGGCCUCAUUGUAGGAUAGAAGCCUCCUGUCCUCAGUGGCCAGUGUGUCCCACUGGGCACACUUUUCUCACCUUCAGAGCUGAGUGCCCUGAUCAGGGAGUGCGAGUGACAGCCUCGCUGUGUGCCCCACACUCCACUCUGCGCAGUGCCUUUCCCUCAGGUCAGUCUUUGCCCUGGGUCUGCCCUGUCGUGAGAUGCAGAAUGAAAGAGGCACCACCCGUACAGGACGAAUGAAGGGAAGAGGGUAGAUGGAGGAGUCGUGGAAAGGAAAGCCACAUGUGUUCCUCGCUUUCAAUAAUAGCGACUGUCUCCAAUGCACUAGAAACCGCACGGGGCUGGGUGCGGGGUGUUGAUCACAGCGACGGACCCCCCCUGACUCACGGAGCUGGUGGGGGAGUCAGAUGAGACACUCACCAAGGGCAGUUUUUAGUACAGUUGGGAGAAAAAGGCAGGAAGGGGGUUGCAAGGGGGGAGUAGGGGGCGGGGGCAAACCCUGUGAAUGUUGUUUUCACCGUGGACGGGUGUGUUCCUUAGGUGAGGAAGCACUGGUGAGUCCUGAGUUCUUCUGUCCUUUGUCUGUGUUCCUCUGCAUCUGGAGAGCCCGUCUUCCCGGAGGGGCUCCGCGGGGCUCUGCACCGGCCCUGCCGCGGGCCGCGCUGCGACGCUGGGUCCAUGAGCGGACUGAGCUCAUUGCGCUUCGUUGUCUCACCGACCCGCGGGGAGCCGCGGUCAGAUGAGAGGAGCCAGCUUUUCCCGUCAAAUUGCACUGAAUGAUGUGGGCUGCUGUUUCCUCAUAACAAAGAUGCAAUUACAGCAGGUUCUGGAUGUGUCUUUUUAGAACUUCAGAAAUCAGUAUUUAAACCAAUUCUUCCCACUUCCAGCAUCUGACUGAUGGUGCUGGAGUGAAAAUAGCUGCUUGUCAGGAGGAAAGACCCUCUUUAGCGCUUGCAAACUGGUUGGGGAGGUGGAGGAAAGGAUUCUCCGAGAAAACUUUGCCUCUCAUGUCUGUAGGUUGGCGUUAGCUGUGUUCACGGUCCCUUCUCACCAAGGUGAACAAGAUCAAAUGACAGCAAUAUUGUAGUCACAGAAUCCUUGAGAAACCUUUGUUUCUGCCUUUCCCUCUGUCUCUAAAACCUGGACUUGAAUUGCCCAUGAUCCCGGUGAUGGGGUCAGUGCAGCUGGGACAAGGAGAGCUACUCAUAUUGUGACAUGGGUGGUUCUUGGUGGCAGUCUCACUCCCUCGGAGGGAGCAGCAAAGCCGGGGAGGACACUUUGGUUCUCUGACACAUGCCUGUCUACCCAAGGGAGGGUAGACUGCCAGAGCAAGAGAUGGGAUGCUUUGAAUGAUUCCCAUGGGUAGAGCCAAUUUGUCAUUCUUUAAAUUGACUUAUUUCCAUAUAAAUGAAAGCACCUUAGGGCAUCACUACUGAAAGCCUCUGAACAAAUGUCUGAUACUGUUAAGUGCCUGCAUUAAAAGAAAGCCCACCCCUUAUGUCUCAUUAAUAUCCUCGCAGUGUUUAAUAAAUCAGUAAUAGUUUUUGCCUUCCUGUCUCUGUAUCCUCUUCCCUCCAGCACUGCCGACUCUGCAGGGGCGGUUCCCAUCCCAAUUUAAAAUGGUGAUUUCCAACCUUGAUGGAGUCUGCAUAUCUGUUGAAGAGGAUAAGUGGUAGGGCUUGAUGCUUGGAGUCCCAUAAUCCAGUGUGGACAAUUGGGAAAACUUUCUGUGGGAUUUUUUUUUUAAAGGUUAGAGAACUGAGGAGAUUUUGUGGUAAUAGCGGAUCCAGGAAUCUUGCGGGGAAAAGAGUACGAACUUAACCUGAAAAGUUUUUCUCUGUUCUAUAAAUCUCUCAGUGACAUUUGGAUUAAUCAAGCAUAAUUAAAUGUAGUUAGGUUUUUGUCAGAUUGUAGUUCAAAAUAAAAUUCAUCUAUGGAGAGGGUAAUAUAUUCUGUAGAAAUUUUAUUAAGCACUUUAGUUAAGCAAACACUAAGGAGAACAAAAUCAGCCUCAGGAAGGUUAAUUACUAAAAAAAACACAAAGUAUAGUAGAUUAUGUAAAUCAUUUUAAUUUUGAAUACCAUGGCUUGGGCUUUAAUUUACAUAGAGAGGUAUUUCAGAUUUGUUUUUCACAUCAUGUUUUCCACACGUGCAAAAUUGCGAUUGCAUUCUUUAAAAGUUCUCAUCACUUUCAGAUUCCAGUAAGUUUGCUUACCUUUUUCAUGUGACAGUUUCCAAAAGUGAAGAAUUAUGAUUGCUUUCUGUAAAAUGCAGCUAAUUAUUUGAGGAUUCCACUAAGUUUGUUCCAAUUCUAAAAACCAUAUCUUUAUUUCUGUACCUUUAAAGGAGUGAUAUUUUAAGAGAGGUAUUAGGAUAGAGAAUGUAUAUGAAAGCAUCCCGCCCAUGCCUGGCGUCUCCAUAAAUAAAAUGACUUUUUUUUUAAGAAAAGGUAAAACAGGAGAGUUUAGACGAUGAUGAUAUAUCUUUUUAUUUUAGUAAUUUCUUUAAAGGAAGAAGUGAAGAGAUUGAAUUGAUUGUAGAAGUUAUAUUUUUCUGUACUCAGAGAAUUACAUUUUCACGACCCUUCCAUGUCUCAGGGAAUACCCUUUGGUAAGAAUCCCCAUGGAAAUCUCUGAAGGUCUAUCCUGGUAUGCUCAGAUCUGAUCAUUCUUGUCAAAAUUUCUAGAGCUAGAGUUUCACAAGUAUUGUUACCUCGGGAAUACAAGAUUACCCGAGAAACUUGAGCCUCGCCCUUGUCACCACUCAGACUCUGUGCUUUAGGCUUUUUCAUGAUAAAUACCACCUAAAAGUCCUUUGUUUAGUGGGUGUACCAAGGUCUCUUCAUCAUGCUUACCUGAGAUUUUCAUAGAAAAACCCUGCAAUUUGAUUUUGUUUGAUGAUUUUGCUUCUUGGCUUCUCAGUGAGGAUUCUGUUUUCCAUUGGAAUUGAAUCCUUGGGGGAUGAUAAAAUUUCACUUAAAAGAACAUUCUAUUAAAUAAUUCUAACUUUGGCCAACCUAAAAGUGGCCUGCUAAUUUGAAUUCUGUGCAUAACUUUUGCAGAUGGGCCAAAACAGCACAAAUUGUCAAAGAUCACAUAUACUGUAAGCAGUAUGUUUGCCCUGCUGUUAGCAAACGAAAGACAUGUCUAAUUCUAAUGGCUCUUCAGUUCAUCUUUGCCUUCCAAAUGGGUUGAAAAUGGCAACUUUAGAGUGGAAUUCUUACUAAUAACAGAACCACUUAAUGUUUUAAAAUAGUCUUACCUUGAGAUUCCUUUUGCAAGAUAAUAACAAGAAUCUUAACAUCCAGUUCUAACUGUUUUGGCUCUUCAUAUAUGCUCGACAUUAAAAAGGCAAUGACAGAAGUUACAUCUGAUUGGAAGUCACAGGCAUUUGCCGUUUAGCCGCGCUCGAUGGAUAAGAGGAGUGAACCGAGCAGUUGGCGGAAACAGGCAGGGUGGGCAUAAAAUGUUACAUUGCUGUUUAGACUACAUCAUGGCACCUCUUUCUUCCAAAUUCCAUUUUCUUUUCUCAUUUGAACGCUUAUAUCCAUGGGAAACCGCAAUCAGUAUUUUAAAAGGCACUGUAUUUACAUGAAGAACUGGCUUGUGCCUUUAUCUAAAACUGCUGAGGUUACUAUCCCCCGUGUUUCAUUUGGACAAAUGUUUUAGAAUAAUUACAGCUAAAGCCUGUCACUGUAGGGGUCUGAAACCCUGGAAACUGCCCGCCAUCAGAGAGGGAGCAGGCCGGACUACAGGCCUGACACCUGGGCUCGCCGAGCGCCGUCAGGAGGCAGGUUGUGUCCGGCUGUCAUAACCAGCAUAAAAUGUCAAAAAGAAGGGGCUUGCCAGAUCCUGUAUUUGCUCCCUUUUUUCUCUAGCUGCCUGUGUAACUUCCUGGGGACAACAUCACAUAAAGUCCUUUGAUAUCUUGCUUUUCAAUUUUAAAAGUUCCUGUUAGAGCUGGCACGUGAGUCUGUAAGUUGUGCUUGUACUUACAAUUCUUUUUCAGACUAGACCAAACUAAAUGCAUCUUGGCUCUGAGUAGACAGCUAAGGUUUACCCAGAAAGUCAAGAUUUACCUAGAAAGUAUAAAGUAUUAUUAUGUACUUUAAAAAAUGCAAGUUGGCUGUAUUCAGUGUCAGAGGAAUUGAGUUCUGUUGCGUCUUCCUUUGUUUCCGAUACGUUCAUCGUUAUUAUUCGCUCCUCUUGCUGCGUUGCACUGGAACUGAGCGCUGCACUCUGAUUUAACACCUGGGCUGGGCUUGAGUCCGUCCUGGACAACGUGACACACGGUUUGGGAGUGUAGAACCUACCACUUCAGCAUUCUGGCUAACCCUGGUCCCUGCAGAGUUCCUUGGUGAUAAAGUCAUUUGAGGUUGUAAUUGCUGCUUCAGGUUUAUAUGCAUCCUCACAAAAGUACAUGAGUGCUUGUAACUUCAAUAUUUUCCAGAUUUAGAACACAAGCUGUGAAUACUUAAGAAAUGCUUAAACCAAAUAAGAAAAAUCAGCGCGGAGUGAAAUAUGCCAUUGCGGACAUAUUUAAUGUUGCAUUUAAAUGUAAAGUCACUUGGCUGAUUUUUCAUUGUAACUCCUAGACUCAUAAAAGCAGUGUCUCAACCGGAAAUGAUAGCUGAUUUAACAAGAGAAAAAGACUAACUUAUAUAUGAAAUGAAAGUUCAUUACAGUGUUUGUAACCCUAAGUCCAAAUCUGACCUGAUUUCACUUUGGGCAGCUGUCAGCUUAGUUACAGUGAAAUGUACACGCGUGUCCAGCGUUCACAAGCUGCCUUGUGGUUCAUAGAGUGAAGCCCGGCCCUGCGUGUUCUGUGCUGUUCUGUGGCCUGACUGGUGCACACUGUCACAAGUGAAGGAUGACUUUGGUUUGAGGUCAUUUGUCGCUCUGCAUUCCGUGGAGAAAAGUAUUUUUGUGAUUGUUGGAAAAACAACCAGGGAAGUGUGUGGCUCAGAUAAUGUUCUCCAUCAGUCGUGGAGCCAUCUGUGGUGUGUGUCAUAGCCAAAGUAGUCCUGAAGCACGUGGACAAUUCUGUACCACAACCGUCAAACAAUAAAGUGGUAGUUGUGUUUCA